AUGAAAGACAAAGCAUCAUAUGAAAAACUAGAAGAAAUUUGUCGUAAAUACGAAACAGAAAAAAGUGCCAAUGUUGAUCUGGCAAUGGCAGAACACAAUCAACGUGUUGCUAAAACAGUCUCAUAUUUCAAAGAUAAAGGUUUAACGCAAAAUGAAGCUAAAGCAGCAUCAUUAACUGUUUCGUUCUAUACUGGUACGAAAAGUGGAGUACCGAAGUCAGAUGAAAAAAAUAAAGAAAAUAAAAAACAUAUUGAAUAUCGUAGUCGGCGAGUGAUCGUCGAUAAAAAAAGUGGAGAACAAGUACUUGACAAGUUUAUCAUAUGCAAUUAUUUAUUACGAGCAAUGUCAAAAAUUUCGUACUAUCAAGGCUAUGUUUCGCGAUCUUGUCGACUCACGGAUGAGGAAUUACUGCUUUAUAUUCCAGGCUCGGUAAUUAUAUGGUCUCAAUUCAAUGGUACAUUUAAAGGCAAAACAAUGCAUGACAGUUUCGAUUUUCCUUAUCGAAACACAUUCUUCAAGAUCUAUUCAUUAACUGGUCGUUCAAUUAAAACAUUUUCAAAUUAUGAAGAUGAAGAUGAGGUUGUAUUUUUACCUGAUUCGACAUUUCUCAUCUUAAAACAUGUAGUUUCUCAUCAUGAACAACAACAUGUAAUUUACAUGCGUCAAGUCGAAUUAGGUUUAUCGAUAUCGUCUGUAUUAUGGGUAGACGAUGAAAUUUUUAAAGAUGAUUGGAUUAAUAAAAAUUAUAUGAUUGAUGCGGAGGCUAAAGAUCCAAAGAAGAAUGUACGUUUUAUUCAAAAAUCAUCCACUGAUAUUGCACUAUCAUUUCUUCGAUCACCUUUUGGACAACGUCUUAAAAAUAGAGAAACAUUUCGUAUUGUUAGUGAUAUGCAUCGAACUAAUGAGGAACCAGCUAACAAUGCAGGUGCACGUUUGAUAAAAGAAAUAAGAAAACUUGGGUUCAAUAAUCGAUGUUUAUUAUUCGUUGGAAAUAGACAAAAGACGGAAGAAAUCAUCAAUAGAGAAUUAAAUGCUAAUGAACGGCAAUUUACAAAAAUAACUACUUCCGAUGAUAGCUUAAAAAGUUUCAUCAACUUUGAAAGUACAUUUUAA